AUGUCUGAUACUCUUUCUCUCCGUGGAACACUCGAAGGCCACUCAAACUGGGUGACAGCUAUUGCCACUACAUCGGAAAAUCCUGAUAUGAUUUUAUCUGCUUCCCGUGAUAAAACCAUAAUCGUUUGGAGUUUAACUCGGGAUGAGACUAAUUAUGGGGUACCUAAGAAAGCUCUCACAGGUCACAAUCAUUUUGUACAAGAUGUGGUCAUUUCUUCCGAUGGUCAAUUCGCUUUAUCCGCAUCAUGGGAUAAAACCCUUCGCCUCUGGGAUUUAAACAAUGGGACGACAACUCGUCGUUUUGUGGGUCAUGACAAAGAUGUUCUUUCUGUAUCUUUUUCGCCUGAUAAUCGUCAAAUUGUGUCGGGUUCGAGAGAUAAAACCAUCAAAUUAUGGAACACGCUUGGAGAAUGUAAAUUUAACAUUCAAGACGACGGUCAUUCCGAAUGGGUUUCAUGUGUGAGAUUCUCACCAAAUCCAUCAAACCCAGUUAUUGUGUCAUGUGGUUGGGAUAAGCUUGUUAAGGUUUGGGAACUUACUAAAUGCAAGCUUCGAACCAACCACAUUGGUCACACUGGAUACAUUAAUACUGUAACCAUUUCACCAGAUGGUUCACUUUGUGCUUCAGGUGGAAAGGAUGGAAUUACGAUGUUAUGGGAUCUUAACGAGGGUAAACAUUUGUAUUCAUUGGAAGCUGGAGAUAUUAUCAAUGCAUUAGUUUUCAGUCCAAACCGUUAUUGGUUGUGUGCUGCUACCGCAUCAUUCAUUAAGAUUUGGGAUCUUGAAACCAAGACUGUCGUUGAUGAUCUCAAACCAGAUUUCACGGAAACGG